AUGAAAUCUGAAGAGACUCGUCAGCAAAUGAGAUAUAUCUUUGAUUUAUUUAAAUGGCAAGAAAUUAUGCAAGAAGAACGCAAAUUAUCCAAGAAAAAUGAAUCGAUAUGGUGUGAUGUCCCAGAAGACUUACAAUUCCUCAGUAGAACUAUUUGUCAAUUAUAUGCUAUUGAUGAUUGUACUCGUUUGCCAUGUCAUUUGGUAUAUUCAACAGCUGAAACAUUAGAGAAUAUCAAAUGUCGUAAUCCGCAUGGACAAAUUCAGUCUUAUUAUGAAUGUAAACGUGGUUUUUCAUUUGAUUUAUUCACUAAAAAUUUCUCACGAUAUUCGUAUCCAUCGCUUAUCGCUGAUCCCUUUUCACCAUUUCGAGAUAACGUUUAUGUUAAUUUAUUACACAAUUACUAUCGAAGUUGUUCGAGUAUUUGGGGCUUUUUCUUCAAAUAUGAAUCGAUUAUUUAUUAUCCUUGGGUUGGCGAUGAAAACAAAUUGAAAUUAUUUGAUAUAACGUAUGGAUAUGAUCGAUCGAUUCAUGAUUUUAUUGCACCUUCUCAUCUAUUUCUCUAUAUCGACCAAUUGAAGUUUACAUCGAAACGAUUAACAGUAAACGAAGUAAUGAACAGCAAAAAACCAAUUUAUUCAACUUCAACAUCGGAUAUUUAUUGGCCAAAUCUUUCAAAGAAAUUUUUUAUUGACAAUGCCACAAAUAAUUCAUCAUAUAUCAAAGCACCUAUUCUCUGGAUGAACAGCAACUGUAGAGCAAAGUCCGGACGUACCCCAUACAUGAAUAAAUUAAUGAAAUACAUCGCUGUCGAUAACUACGGCACUUGCGGAAAAAAUAUUCGUCAAUUACCAGAACAUAUUGUCAAAAUUCAAGGUUCUUCCAAUCGAAUUCUGAAAAAUAUCGCCACUUAUGACUGGGAAGCAGGAAAAUUAGCUUUAUCAAAAGAAUAUCUAUUUACUAUAGCCAUCGAGAACAGUUUAACUUCUGAUUACAUAUCGGAGAAACUAUGGCAACCAUUGACGAUCGGAAGUGUACCUAUUUAUCUUGGAGCUCCAAAUGUUUAUGAUUGGUUACCAUGUCGAACAAAUUGCAUUAUUGAUUUACGACAAUUUAAAUCACCGGAAGAUGCGGCAACAUUUGUCAAAAAUGUUGCAAAGAACAAAACUUUGUAUGAAAGUUAUCAUCAAUGGAGAAAAGAACCUGUAGCAGAGAGAUUUCAACAUAUAAUUGAUUAUAAUUCACGAAUAAGUAAUUCUACUUUAGAAUGCGCUCUUUGUGAAAUGUCACAUCGUGUUGGACAAGGUGAAGAUCGAGAAGAAAUUAAAAAAGAUUUGAGAAAUAGGAUUGGCCGAUUUUAG